UACAGCACGGUUCUCAGGUGAUGCAGUCGAACAGGUCGCACUGAUCGAGAAGCGCCAGUCCUUUCCCGUCCAUCGUCGUAGUCGCACCGUCACUCGCGUACGUACGAGAGAGACAGACAGAUAGAAAGAGGAGAGGCACCUCGUGUACACAAUCACGAUCACGAGGCAGCGACGUGGGAGGAAAAGAGGUAGAGGAAAAAGAAUCACGAGGAUACAACGGGGAAAUAACAGGCGCCCGGGAUAGGAGGGAGGGAGAGAAAAAUAGACAGAGGCAAGACGAGGAGCUGUGCGAGGAUCACAUUCGAUAUCGCAUUCGGGUGCAGUCGGUGGCAGAAACGAAACGAUUGUUGAGACACAUCAGGGACAGUCGACGUCCAGGACAGAACGGGUUCGAUUGUCUACUCAACAACAAUUGGAUCUCGCGAAAAAUAGCCACGGUUACGGCAGUGAACGAGACUUUUUCCUUUCAAGAAGACUUUCCGGGACGAGACAACGGCACCAGUGUGUGAUUGGAAAUUUGAACGAUAAGGACGAAUAAAUUGUUUCAUGAGCAACAUUAUAUGCAGUGUGUAAUGCGUGUCUACAGACUCGGGUGGUCGUCUCAGGGACUGCUGUUGUCGUUGAUUUAGUGAUUCCGCGGAGAACCGGCUAGCUCGCGCUGCUGCGAACACCGAUCAUCAAUUAAGGUGUAUAUUACAGCCGCGAGAGGAAUUGACAGUUCGGCCUGAGUCCGCUCCAUCUGCUAUCUGGACUAAUCCUAAGAGUGCACGCACAAGAAUCAGCGUCUGACCCGUUGGAUGGCGAUCGAGGAAAAUAAUCGCGACGCGCGAUUACCGCAGGAGCAGGACGGUAACAACAACCGGCCUUCCACUUCGUCGGAGGAGCCUGUGCGUGUAGGAGUGAUGAACCAACAGUGCAAGGUCUGCGGUGAGCCGGCGGCGGGCUACCACUUCGGGGCGUUCACGUGCGAGGGUUGCAAGUCAUUCUUUGGCCGCACGUACAACAACGCCAGUAAUAUCGCGGAAUGCAAGAACGGCAACAGUUGCGUGAUCAACAAGAAGAACCGCACGACCUGCAAGUCCUGCCGUCUGCAGAAAUGCAUUCUCGUCGGUAUGUCCAAAUCGAGCUCGCGCUACGGUCGUCGCUCGAAUUGGUUCAAGAUUCAUUGCCUCUUGACGGAGCAGGGCGGUCAGAACCUGGCUUUAGCGGCGAGCGCUGCCGCGCCGUACCCGCCGAACUAUCUGGUGAAUAUGCUCAAGCACAACGAGAACAACGCGCAUAAUAACGACAGAGCAGACCUGCCAUCACCUAACCAGGGUGACCUGGCCUACCAAGUGCAAGCGCAGCUCGCGUCCCUGCAGGUCGCAAUAUUGAAUCGAGAGCAGAGAGGUCGACAAUCGCCCCGUUCCGACGAGGAGGGACAUCCGGAGGAGCAGGCUCCAAGCGGCUCGCGUAGCUGGCAAGAGAACAGCUCGCACCCAGAGUCAGCCGAGGGCGCUGAGAAGGCCGCAGCUUCUUCCACAAACAUCGGUCUGUCGGAGGAGAACGCUUCCUCGCAGAGCACCAUGCGUACAGCGAUGUCCUUGGCGUUGGCCUCUAUGAGGCGUACGCCGAAUGACAUGACAGCGAGAAUGAUGAUGACAACGAGAACAGACAUAUCCGAGGAGGAAUACGCUCAUCUGUUCGCAGGCUUGGAAUUGUUUAGAAACCGUGCGAACAUUACAGGGAGAAAUGACUCUGUCAGCGAGUCCAGCUCCGCGGGCGACAACUCCAUGGAUGGCGAGCGCACGCGCGACGGUGAGUUCAGAAGCAGCCCCAACCGGCUCAACUGUGCCAACUCGCCAUCGUUGUCAGAGCAAGGUUCGCCCAGGAGCACGGUUAACGCCGCGUUAACGCUUCGACCGCUCUAUCAACAUGGUUAUGGUCAAUACAAUAUGAACACAAUGUACCCGCCGCGAGAUCUCGUCACUCCGAGCACCGCGCACCCAAUGGCCGGCUGCGAUCGUCUCCAGAUUAGUCCCAAUCCAGGUCGUGUCGCCGACGAACAGAACGAGCCGAUAGACUUAAGCGUACGGCCGGACAGGAGCUCCAAUAAACCGACGAAGGACGAUCAAACGACGAAAGAGGAUCAGAGAGCGUGCACGCCGCUCGACCUGACGGUGAAUUUGAAGAGGCCGAAGUCGACUCUGGACAGGGUUGAGAUUGUUGAGAGGACCACGGCCCACGGCCCAGAAUGGAUCAAGGUCUUGCCAUCUCAGACAAGUCCGUAAACUUUGGGAGGCACGCACUGAAUCGAUGUACGAUGACAAAUCGUUGACGAAGCGAAAAGAAUCCAGUAACACAGCGAGGCAAACGAGUAUUCUUCGAGAUGUUUUAAUGAUUGGCAUCAUGGUCAAGCAGAGCGUCUCUUUGAUACAUACACAUAGCUCUGAGAAGUGGGAUUUGUUUUGGAGAAGAUGGGAGAAAAUCUUCUUCAAUCCAAACCUCCUUCAAUCUGUCUCAACCGGACAGAUUUGAGGAGCUCCUCUCGGAUGCGCUGAGGAUCCAGCACUCUGAGUGCUUUGUGGCACGCUGUACGAGAAAUUCUCACAGUGACAGACUGUGCGAGAGAAGGGAGAAAAGGAAAAAGAGAAGUCAAGGUGAUAGAACUAUCCUUGUAAUAUACUCGUGUUAAUUUUCAUAAAUUGUCGUAAUGUAAGUACAAUGUGCGCGGUAAGAAAAGAUAGAGACGGCGAGAAUAUUGUGCGAAUGUGUUCACUUUGUUUGUAGGCGCGAAUGAAUCGAGCGCGCAUCCGGAACGUAUUUAAUUUAUUGGAGAAUUCAUUCUUCACAAGCAUCCGUUGUUCAUUGUAAUCGUAAUCAUCGUAACGAAUUUCGCGCAGCUGCACAUUAGUCGGUGCGCUCGUCGGUUUGAACACUUCUUAUCUCGAUGCAAUUUGGAAGUGGCAGCCAACGGAAGCCCAAGAAAGAAUUGGUUUCUUGGAAACAUUUCGGGAACAAGUCCAAUCGUUGGACUAUCGGCUGCAAGUCUCAUACGUCGAGAAAGAAAUGUUCAAGCCGUUUUGAAGCCAAGCGCACUUGUACUUAAGCGACUUGUUUAAAUAUAUUAGUCGUGUAUAGUAAGCUAGAUUCGCGAAUAUACCGGCCAGUAGCGAGAAGUGCCUUAAUCUAAUAUAUUUAUAUAGUUAUAGAUAUAUUGUCGCGCCGGCGACACAUAUAUACACAAACACACACACGUACACAUACACAUACACACACUCGACACUCAAUAAAAGCAAAAAUGUACAUCACAUAUAAAUUCUCAGUGUUCUCAUCUCGAAGCCGAUACGUUAUAAUUCCAAUUCCUAAAAAAAAAAGAUUAUAAAAAAGAAUAAUAUUUUCGUACAGCAUCAGCGACCGCGCGCCGAUGCAAUCGGAGAACGCCGAGUGAUACAUCUCGUGAGCUUACGUCAUGCGUAAUGAUAAACCGAUCGAUGGUGACGUAAGGAUGUUUUAUGUGUGUCUAUACACAUAUAUACAUGUAUAUUAGGUGAUUAUUGAAAGACACUCUUCUACGUCUCGGUGCACGAGUCUUUGGUCAUCGCAAAGUUGCAAAAACAUUUUAAUUCUUAUUUCAUUCGUGGUAAGCGAGAAUCAGAGGCAAGUGAUCACUCGACACGUGUCGUAAAUAUCAGUGGAUAUUAAACGGUUUCGUGCCCCUCGCAACCGUCGCGAUUCUCGUUGUGCAAUUUCUUGAACUGUUGCACAUCUUAGGUACGCUACAUAUUGCGGCUUUACGAUUAAUAGUUUCGAUUCUUAUUAUCUACGAAAUAUUAGUUAUAAGGGCGAAGUGAAAACGUGAUGUUUCGUCGAAAAGUGUCCAAGAUAAGGCGUCGUUGGAUUUUAAGAAGCAAAACAUUAUUAGGGAACAGCAUCAGUAUUGUUUAUGGUAAACCAAAAACUUAUAAAUAAACGAGACGAUUGUUACAAGAUGAAA